AUGGUGAGAUCAAAGACUCCAGAUAAAGGGCGCGUGGUUGUCAAAACAGGAGCUGUUGUGAUAGAAACUGGUACUGGAACAUGUAAAGCCGGAUUUGCAGGUCAGCAGACUCCCCAAUCUGUCAUUGAGACUUUGGUGGGACACCCUACAGAGAGGUCCAUGAGGACUAGAAGAGAUAGACCAGACACAUUCAUUGGGGAACGAGCAAGAUUGGAGCCUGAUCUUGAUAUUAUUUUACCAGUAAGACAUGGCAUAAUCAUUGACUGGGAUGCAGCUGAAGAACUUUGGAGACACCUCUUCUAUAGUGAGCUCAAAGUUAACCCUGAAGACCACGCCCUUUUGAUGUCUGAUCCUCCACUGUGCCCAACUACAAACAGAGAGAAGUUGGUGGAGGUUGUCUUUGAGUCCCUCAACUCUCCAGGAAUGUAUGUGGCCUAUCAGUCCGUGCUGUCAGUGUAUGCCCAUGGCAAAAUUAGUGGCUUAGUGGUAGACACUGGCCAUGCGGUGACGCAUACCGUCCCAGUCCAUCAAGGGUACAACUUGCCAAAUGCCAUAGAAAGGAUGGACAUUGCUGGGUCCAAUCUGACACAUUUCUUGAUGGACCUCCUAAAGGACAUGGGGCAUUACUUAGACGAGAAGAUGCUGGAUAUAGUUGAUGACAUCAAACAUAAAUGUUGUUAUGUUGCCUUUGAUUUUGAGAAUGAGUGGAAUAGUCCCAAGAGAGAAUACAUUGUGGAUUAUCAGUUACCAGACGGCCAGGUUAUAAGCUUGGGGAAAGAGCGGUUUCAGUGCCCAGAGAUGUUGUUCAACCCUCCCCCGAUGCCUGGCCUCACUCUGGUCGGAAUCCAUGGUAUGGCCCAGAGAAGCUUGAGGAAGGUCCCUGAACAGACCCGGAAGGAGAUGUAUGAAAACAUCAUGCUAUGUGGAGGGUCAUCCCUCUUUGAAGGGUUCGAAAAGAGAUUUACUCAUGAGCUUCAGACCAAUGCGAAAGUGAAAGUCUCAGCUACCCCAACGAGAAAGUAUUCUGUCUGGAUGGGAGGCUCUAUUCUGGCUUCCCUGAAAAACUUCCAGCCGUGUUGGAUUAGAAAGGAAGAGUAUCACGAGCGUGGGCCAUACAUUGUCCACAGGAAGUGCUACUGA